CUUGCAACAUCAGUCUUCAGUCGUACAUAAAUGUGCUGUUCUGGAAACAACACAGCCACCAAACAGGCCUUACAUUUAUUAUCCAAUAAUUUUGCUUAGACUUGUGUUUUUGUGUACAACAUUAUACAAAAAGAUCAAGCAAAGAGCUCUGUCUUCUUUAAGCUUUGGUCAAGGUCGGAGAAGAACUCAACAGAAUCCAAUUUAGUCCAUCCAUGGUUAUGGAGAUCAGCAGAAGCACACCAGAAACUGCAGGAAAUGUUAUAAGAUGCAAAGCCGCAAUUUGCAGAAAUCCGGGAGAGCCAUUAACGAUCGAGGAAAUUGAAGUAGACCCACCUAAAGCUUGGGAGGUUCGGAUCAAAAUUAUCUGCACAUCCCUCUGCCAUACUGACGUCACCUUUUGGAAACUGAAUGCAGGACCUGGUGCAGUUUUCCCAAGAAUUUUUGGGCAUGAAGCCGUCGGUGUUGUUGAAAGCGUGGGAGAGCAUGUGGAGGAAUUCGUAGAGGGGGAUAUGGUGGUGCCGGUGUUCCUCCCGAAUUGCGGGGAAUGCAGAGAUUGCGAGUCUGAAAAGAGCAACGCCUGCUCGGUGUUUGGGCAGAAGCGUUCGCCUGACAUGCCCAGGGACGAAACCAGCAGAUUUAAGGAUAUGAAUGGGGAAGUGUUGCACCAUUUCUUGUGGGUUUCCAGCUUCACCGAGUAUACCGUCGUUGAUGUAACCCAUGCCGUCAAAAUUAACCCCGACUUUCCGGUCGAUAAGGCUUGCCUGCUUAGUUGUGGAGUAUCCACAGGGGUAGGAGCGGCGUGGAAGGUAGCUGCGGUCGAAGAGGGGUCCACUGUUGCUAUCUUUGGGCUCGGAGCAGUUGGACUUGCGGUUGCGGAGGGAGCAAGACUUCGUGGUGCUUUGAAGAUUAUAGGUAUAGAUUUGAACUCCGAAAAGUUCGAGAUAGGAAAGCAAUUUGGAGUCACUGAUUUUGUUAACCCUGCUACCUGUGGAGAAAAGCAAGUCAACGAGGUAAUUAAGGAAUUAACAAACGGCGGUGCAGACUAUUGCUUCGAGUGUAUCGGGAUGGCGUCGGUAAUGCAAGAAGCUAUUAGAAGUAGCCGAGAGGGAUGGGGAAAGACAGUGAUACUUGGAGUGGAGAGGUUUGGCUCCCAAUUGACUGUGAGUCCCCAUGAGCUUCUGAGAGGUAAAACCGUCGCUGGCUCAUUCUUUGGAGGUCUCAAACCCAAAUCUGACAUCCCUCUCCUUGCCCAGAAAUACCUAGACAAGGAGCUUAGUUUGGACGAGUUCAUAACAAAUGAGCUGAGCUUCCAAGAAAUUAACAAAGCCUUCGAACUACUUGAAGAAGGGAAGAGCCUCCGUUGCAUUAUAUGGAUGGAUCGCUAGGCUGGGUGCCUCUCUAAAUUGUCUGAUUGGAAGAACAGUCGGGUUGAAAUAUUAAUUAAAUAAUUAAAUUUACAAUAUCUUGUAUGUUUUAAACUUUUUGAACAAUUUAAUAAAAUCCGAUGUCACUCUUCAUUUCUUUCCAA